AUGGAUAGCUACUCCCUCCUCUACAGUUCCUCCCAAAGAACCGGGCUCCUCUCCGGCUUCCAGCGCCUGCGCUCUCAGAGGAAGAUGUGCGACGUCGUCCUUGAGGCCGGCGGUGUAUCCUUCCCUUGUCAUCGCGCCCUUUUGGCCAGCUCCAGCGAGUAUUUUUGGGCUCUUUUUGGAGAGACUACCGCAGAGAGAUUAGCCGGCUCCAUUAGCCUUCCGGUGCUAACACCUGAGGGUUUAGAUGCUAUUCUGGACUUCCUGUAUUCCGGCUGGCUCAGCGUAUCACCGCCGACACUUCCUGUCGUCUUAGAGGCAGCCAGGUACUUGCAGGUGGAGCCGGCGGUGUCAAUAUGCGAGAGCUUUAUUGCUGAUGGUUUAAACGCUGAGAAUUGCUGUUGCUAUGCUAACCUGGCCGAACAUCACGCCCUCUCAGAUGCACUUGAAGCUGCCAAUCAAACAAUCGCUAUAGAGAUGGGGACACUGCUGCAGGAAAGCAGGGAUGACCUUCUCAGGCUGAAUAUCCAAUCACUGAUGGCAGUGCUCAAUGCUGACGAGAUACCUGGUGUCAAGGAGGUGGAGCUCAUAAAGCUGGCUCUAGAUUGGCUGAAUGAGAAUGGGCCCCUCCCUCUGCUGAAAUCAAAUCUUCUGUUGAGUCGCCUGCGCUUCGGAUUGGUCGCCCCCUCCGACCUCACCAAUCUCAGCCAUGCCCACAGAGCCAUGGCCACACCUCUAAUCAGAAGUCAGCUAACUCGAGCGUUGGAGUACCACAGGCUGGGUUCAGCUCAGCCAAUCAGACAGAGCAAACAGUCAACACUCAGGGCCUCCCCAAAUCGUGUGCUGCUUGUGGGUGGAGGAUCCAGCCCCGAUUGGCCAGAACAGCAGAUACUGGUGUUUGAUCCGAGAAGCAGGAAGUUUUCAUCUCAGAGGUCUAGUCUCCCGCUGCGACUGAGGAAUCACUGUGUGUGCUCAGUGGGAGGUUUCCUCUUUGUGAUCGGAGGGGAAGAAGUGAAAGAGGGUGACCAGGAUGGGAAAAAGUCUGUCACCAUGGCAACAUCCAACCAGAUGUGGCGCUACGAUCCUCGCUUCAACCACUGGGAGAAGUUGGAGUCCAUGUUGGAGCGGCGGGCGCAGUUUUCCUGCUGCGUGGUGGAGGAUGUUAUUUAUGCCAUCGGCGGUCAACUGACACGUCCAAACAGCACCACACACACCUCUAUGGCUUCUGUUGAGUUUUAUGACAUGGUUACAGGAGCCUGGAGGAGAGGAGCACCGAUGCCUCGCCCCCUUUACGGCCACGCUUCUGCGGUGCUCGACAACAGCAUCUAUGUGUCAGGUGGUGUCCCGGGCAACCAGGGCAGCAUCCGUGGCAAUAACCACGGCGAUAACCAGGAUGACCACAGAGAGAGCAGCAGAGAAGUCCUAUGUUGGGACCUGAAAGGCAGAGUCUGGGAGAAGCGAGCGUCCAUGUCCAUCGCCAGGUUCAGUCACCGCCUUGCGACCGCCCACGGCCACAUCUACGCCCUGUUGGGAAUGUACGAGCCUUUCUGCGAUAUUGAACAGUACGAUUCGCAUUCAGACCACUGGACCCGCCUACGACCGCUUCUCACUGGCUCCUUCAACUACGGCAUGGUGUCAACGCCGUCUGGGAAUCUGCUGGUGUUUGGAGGCAGACGAUGGAGCGACGGACAGGAAGUGAUAGUCAAGAACGUGUUGGAGUACGACACAAAGAAAGAUCGCUGGAGAGAGAUCUGCCAGCUCCCCAGACCUCUCACCGGGACUGAGUGCACUCUGCUGCCCCUGCCCGACUGA